UAGAUAUUGCCAUGUCUAUAGCUCCAACCUGACCAACUUGAACCACAAGAAAGACAAGCUCAAUUAAUAUCUAUGGCUCCAUCCCAACCAACUUGAACCACAAAAAAGACAAGCUCACUUCUCUCUAUAUACAUAUCUCUGUGUGUGUGUGUGUGUGUGUGUGUGUGUGUGUGUGUGUGUCUAUCUAUAUAUAGGACUAUAGAUGAGGGUCUAGUUAAUCAGUAGCAAUAGUUGUUAAUCAUAAAAGCAAUGGCAAAGAGUAUAGUUACACUUGUGCUAGUGUGUGUAUGUGCAGUGAUCAUAGGAGUAUUAUGGAGAGUGUUAUACUUGGUAUGGUUGAAGCCUAAGAUGCUGGAAAUGCAGCUAAGAAGGCAGGGGAUCCCCGGGAACAAGUACCAGCUGUUAACAGGGGACAGGAACGAUGAGAAGGCCGCCUUCAAGGAGGCUUGGACCAAGCCAAUGGAGCUUACUAACAGGAUAGCACCUCGUGUGAUUCCCUACCAUGACCACAUGGUUAAGAGCUACGGCAAGAUAUGGUUCAAAUGGAAUGGAACAACUCCAAGAGUGAAUAUAUGGGAUCCAGACAUGAUGAGAGAGAUCCUGUUGAAUAGGUCAGGUCACUUUAUCAAGCCAGAAGAUAACCCUCUGAUGAAGCUCCUUACAAUGGGACUUUCUACUCUUGAAGGACAAGCAUGGGCACAGAGGAGGAAGUUGGUCAAUCCCGCCUUUCAUUUGGACAAGCUCAAGGAGAUGGUACCUGCUUUUCGAAUUAGUUGCAUUGGUUUAGCUGAAAGGUGGGAGAAGUUAUUGAGUGCUGAAGGAUCCUGUGAACUGGAUAUCUGGCCUGAAUUUCAGAAUUUAACAGGAGAUGUGAUUUCUAGAUCAGCAUUUGGUAGCAGUUUUGAAGAAGGAAAGCAGAUUUUCAAACUCCAAAAGGAACAAGCUGUUCUUGUCAUGGAAGCAGCUCGAUCGCUGUACCUUCCCGGCUUUAGAUUUCUGCCAACAGCAAAGAAUAAGAGAAGAAUGUUCAUAGAUAAAGAAAUUAAAAGAAUGCUGAGAGAUAUCAUCCGCAAGAAGUUAGAUUCGAUGGAAAUUAGAGAAAGUGCUAAUGAUGACUUACUCAGCUUGCUUUUGCAAUCCCAUAACCCAAAUGCGGCCUCCAAAGAUCAAAACAAGAACAAUGGGAUUACCAUUGAUGACAUAAUAGAAGAAUGCAAGUUGUUCUACUUCGCUGGUCAAGAGACCACUUCGAUUUUGCUUACCUGGACAUUGAUUCUCUUAUCCAUAUACCCAAACUGGCAGCAAAAAGCAAGGGAGGAAGUCCUCGAUACCUGUGGGAAGAACCUACCAGACUUUGAAUCCAUCAGUCACCUUAAGAUUGUAAACAUGAUAUUACAUGAAGUACUGAGAUUGUAUCCACCUGCUAUCAAUCUGGUUCGACUUGUAAACGGAAAAACCAAAUUAGGAGAUGUAACAUUACCAGAAGGAGCUGAAGUCUUGAUACCUAUCCUACAAGUCCACCAUGAUCCAGAAAUCUGGGGAGAAGAUGCGGAAGAGUUCAACCCACAGAGAUUUUCUGAUGGGGUUUCAAAGGCAUCAAAGGGUCAGAAUGCAUUCUUUCCUUUUGGUUGGGGCCCGAGAAUAUGUGUAGGGCAAACAUUUGCCAUGAUAGAGGCAAAGGUAGCUCUGGCAAUAAUUCUUCAACGUUUCUCCUUCGAGCUCUCACCUUCCUAUGCUCAUGCUCCUUUCACUGUAAUAACCCUUCAGCCACAAUAUGGAGCUCAUCUUAUCCUACAUCACCUCUAAGGUCAUGGACUAUAAAAUUUUAAGCUGUGGUAUACUACAUAGUCCUCUUAUCUGUCAGCAAAUAUUUCUAUUUUGCAGAUAAUAUGUAAUGCUGGUUUUAUCAAAUAAGAGAAAGAUAAAGAAAAUUUUUGGGUGAA